GGACACUUUUCUCCUCCGCCGUCGGCGCCCGGCGCGUGCAUCGCCGUGGCGCCGCUCGGGCGCUCGUGGGAGCAAAGAAGGCGCAGAAACGGGCGCUGUUUGUUUAGCCAGCUGUUUUUGGUCACCGACCUUAGCGGGUUAGCAGCGACAGCCAGCUAACGUGAACUUAGCUAGCUUGAUCUGGAAGUAUUUUUGAGAGGAUGGAGAGUCUGAAUGCAUGAAUACAUGCCCAGCAUGGUCCAUCAUCCUACAGGCUUUCAGGGCCAUGUCAGUCAGCCAACAGCUCUCUGUACUCGAAGUCUCUGCAAGUUCAAGUUGGUUGCCAGUCUGUCCUGCUUCCUCAUUCCUUCACAGUGGCCACAUUGUUAUAAGGACUGAAGGUAUCCCUACCAGGCUUGCUGGAAGCGGACCAUGGCCCUAGGUGAUGAAAAUGAAGAACCUCUGGCUCUUGCCAAUGGAGGGCACCAUCCUGUCAGUGGGGAUGGAAAUCUCCCUUUCAGCUCCAGUACACAAGUCAGCAAUGGCCAGGACCCCCUCACAGCCGCCACCAGUAGUGACUGCCUCACAGCAGAUGGGGACAAAGAUGUUUCAGCUAAGGAUACAGCAUCCGAAGUGCAGCAGCGAUCACAUGUUGUCCAGAGAACAAACAGACUGAACCAGAACGGCUCACUGAGGAACCUUCCCUCGUCAUCUACCGCGACAUUUUCCCCCACCCACACAGAUACCCAGAAGCAGGCCAAGGGCCACCCUCUGUCCGCCCUCACCCCCUCAUCACCGGCCUCUCCUCUCCAGGCGCUGCCCCUCUGCUGCCAGCACUGUCACUUCCACUCCACCCUCUGCUGCCCCUGUGGACAACAGGAGUGCCCAUUUUUCCAGAGUUCCACCACAGGGCCCGGGCCUGGCUCGGUUCACCACCCUGGGACGAGUACUUCAUGCUCGUCAUGCCUCUCCGCCUGCACAUACUCCCACCCAUCGUCCCCUCUCUGUCUCCAUCACCACCAUCACCAGCGCUGGCAGGAGCACCACCAAAGCCACACACCUGGACUCAGCCCUACAAGGCCCUUUCGAUUCCCCAAAAGCUAUGCCGAGCUGAUAGCUGAUUGGCCAGUAGUCGUACUGGGGGUAUGCACAGUGCUCAUCGUUGUGUGUGCCCUGGUCGGUAUCCUGGUGCCUGACCUGCCGGAUUUCUCUGACCCACUGCUGGGCUUUGAGCCAAGGGGAACUGCUAUUGGUCAGAGACUGGUCACAUGGAACAACAUGGUGAAGAACACGGGCUACAAAGCGACGCUGGCCAACUACCCCUUUAAAUAUGCCGACGAGCAGGCUAAAAGCCACCAAGAGACCAGAUGGCCUGAGGACCACUUGGGCAGAGACAAACGCCAAGCAGAGUGGGACUUCAGCAAAGAGUUCUUCUGUGAUGUGCCAGGUGACAGAUACUCCAGACUGGUGUUUGCGUCAGCUGAUGGGAAAAACCUGUGGAAUAUUCAAGCCAUCAAAUCAAUGUGCAACCUGGACAACACUAGGGUGCGUUCCCACCGCGACUACUGGAGUCUCUGUCAACGCACCAACGAUGCCUCCUGUUGUCCCAGCUGGACCCUCGGUAACUACAUUGCCCUCCUCAAUAACCGGACAUCCUGCCAGAAGAUCACAGAGCGUGACGCAUCGCACACGCUGAAGAUACUGCGCUCGUGUGCCAAGUACUACCACAAUGGUACACUAGGACCCGACUGCUGGGACAUGGCCCUGCGGCGCAAAGACCAGCUCAAAUGUUCCAGUGUGCCCCGAAAGUGCACCAAAUACAACGCCAUCUACCAGAUCCUUCACUUCCUGGUGGACAAGGACUUCCUCAGUGCCAAGAGUCUAGACUUCUCUCUACCAGUCCUCAAGUACAGCAUGCUGUUCUCUCCCACAGAGAAAGGAGAGUCAAUGAUGAACAUUUAUUUGGACAAUUUUGAGAACUGGAACACGUCAGAUGGCGUUACAACAGUAACGGGGAUCGAGUUCGGGAUCAAACACGACCUCUUUCAGGACUACCUCCUCACAGACACCGUGUACCCUGCCAUAGCUAUAGUCAUCGUCCUGCUGGUCAUGUGUGUGUACACGCGCUCAAUUUUCAUCACGUUAAUGACCAUAAUAGCCAUCAUCAGCUCCCUGAUUGUGUCUUACUUCCUCUACCGAAUGGUCUUCAACUUCGAGUUCUUUCCCUUCAUGAACCUCACCGCUCUCAUCAUUCUGGUGGGCAUCGGUGCAGACGACGCCUUCGUGCUGUGUGACGUGUGGAAUUACACAAAGUUUGACAAGCCUCACGCUGAGCUGGCCGAGACGGUCGGUGUGGCCCUGCAGCACGCUGCCCUGUCUAUGUUCGUCACCAGCUUCACAACGGCCGCGGCUUUUUAUGCCAACUACGUCAGCAACAUCACUGCUAUCCGCUGUUUCGGCGUCUACGCCGGCACGGCCAUUUUGAUCAACUAUAUUCUCAUGGUGACGUGGCUACCUGCUGUGGUGGUGCUGCAUGAACGUUACCUGCCGAAUAUGUUCCCCUGCUCCAAGCCUCCAGACCAACAAAGAGCUUUCUGCACCCAAAUGUUCUGGACAGGUCUUUGUCAGAAGGCCAACAAAUGCCUGUUUACCAUCUCCGAGGGGUCGAGGAUCUUCUUUGAAAAGGUGCUUCCCUGCAUUGUGAUAAAGCUCCGCUACCUGUGGCUCUUCUGGUUCCUCGCCAUCACCGUGGGAGGGGCCUAUGUGGUUUGUGUCAACCCGAAGAUGAAGCUCCCGUCUCUGGAGCUGGCAGAGUUCCAGGUGUUCCGAGCUUCUCACCCGUUUGAGCGCUACGACGCAGAGUACAAAAAGCUAUUCAUGUUUGAGAGGGUUCAUCACGGCGAGGACCUUCAUAUGCCCAUAACUAUCAUAUGGGGGGUAACCCCUGUGGACAACGGGGACCCCCUGAACCCCAAAAAUAAGGGGAAGCUAAUGUUGGAUAAAAGCUUUAACAUUUCCAGUCCAGCGUCACAGGUGUGGAUCCUGACCUUCUGCCAAAAGCUGAGGAACCAGAGUUUUAUCUUUCAGUCAGAGGAGCAGGACUUCACCAGCUGCUUCAUUGAGACAUUCAAACAGUGGAUGGAAAACCAGGAUUGUGUAGAGGGCUCUGUCUACCCCUGCUGCAGUCAGUCCACCUUCCCAUACAAACCUGAAGUCUUUGAGCUGUGCAUCAAGCGAGCAAUCAUGGAGCUGGAUCGGAGCACCACCUACCAUUUGGACAGCAAGACCCCCGGACCUCGAUUUGAUAUUAACGACACAAUUCGAGCCAUAGUCUUAGAGUUCCAGAGUACCUAUCUCUUCACGCUGGCUUAUGAGAAAAUGUACCAGUUCUAUCGGGAGGUGGAUGCUUGGAUUGCAGAGGAGCUGCGCGAUGCCCCAGCAGGCCUGAGUCACGGCUGGUUCAUCAGCAACCUGGACUUCUACGACCUGCAGGACAGUCUGUCUGAUGGCACUCUCGUUGCCAUGGCGCUGUCUGUGGCCGUGGCGUUCAGUGUCAUGCUCCUGACCACCUGGAACGUUAUCAUCAGCCUUUAUGCCAUCCUAUCCAUCGCUGGGACCAUAUUCGUCACGGUGGGCUCCCUGGUGCUGCUGGGCUGGGAGCUGAACAUCUUGGAGUCUGUUACCAUUUCUGUGGCAGUGGGACUGUCAGUAGAUUUCGCGGUGCACUACGGCGUGGCCUACCGGCUUGCUCCAGAGCCUGACCGCGAGGGCAAGGUGGUGUUCUCCCUCAGCCGCAUGGGCUCUGCGAUCGCGAUGGCCGCACUCACCACCUUCGUAGCCGGAGCCAUGAUGAUGCCCUCAACUGUACUAGCCUACACCCAGCUGGGCACCUUCAUGAUGCUGAUCAUGUGCAUCAGCUGGGCCUUUGCCACCUUCUUCUUUCAGUGCAUGUGCCGCUGCCUGGGGCCCCAGGGCACAUGGGGUCAGAUACCGUUGCCCAAAAGGCUGCAGUGUCAAGCCUUCGAUGAAGCUACAUCCACAAACCCCUCAUCUCAAGGAAAAGGCCACGGGAAGUACCAACUGGACAGCAAAGGUGGAGAAGUGGAGCAUUAUGAGCUAGAGCCACUGGCAUCCACUCAGAAAACUGAUAAGUCUCAAGAGGAGCACGAGGUGUGCAGUCAGCUUUUUAAUGGAACUCCCCCUCAGCACCACAGCAGCCUUUAUUCACACAUCCAUUACAAGGGCCAGACUGAGACCGGGAGAGUUGGGCCUGGGAACGGGCAGGUAGCGACACUGAGCACGCCGUCCAGGUGCCAGUACUCUCAAAACACUAACUGCACGUGUGGGGACACGCCUCCUCCACCUCAGCAGUGGACCGCCCACUCCUGUGCACAGCCUCCCCAGGAUGCCCCUUCCUGUCCGUCCACCCCUCAGCUCUAUUCCCUAUCAAGGUAUACCCCAAGCAAACAAAACGUCCUGCCUUCUCAUCUGGACCCAGCGUACACACAAAUGGACUGCCACAUGCACUAUGUCCACUGUACCCCGGCCCACAUCCAUCACUGCUCCCAGGCGAGGCUAAUACCCCCCAGACAAGGACCUGCACACAGCUGCCACCUCAGGAAAUACUGCAUCCAGAAUCCAAGCUUGCAUACUGGUUUAGCUAGAGAACAGAGGUCCACAACAGCCGCUUCCAACCAGUGCACAGCUCCAGGUCCAGUUUCUGCUCCAGAGAGCACUGGACAAGAGGAAGAGCAUAGACCGGAAACGAGCACUUCAGGUGCUGAUAUUGGCCAAAAUAACUGUUCCCAAGCCCCAACAAAACCCAACACUCUGUGCCCCUUCCCCUCAGUGGGCUCACCACACACAACCUGUCAUGAAAAAGACAAGGCUAGAGAAAGGGACCAUUGUUGUGGCAAUAAUCAUGUAUACGCCGCGACCACACAAACGGCAACGCUAACGGAUGCUUGUCGUAAAAUCCCUGGCAACCAGGAGAAGACUGAAAGCGCUUCCGUCACACGGGAGGGGAGCGUCCAGAAGUGUAAGCGGAAUUCGAAGAAGGAGCGAGCGUCGUCCACCUCCCCAAAGAAAUUCUGCCUUUUUAACAGGACGUUGAAAGUGAAGUGCAAUUCAGCUUCAGAGUGUAACGUGCCAAAAAGUGAAACCGGUGUGCCUCCUAGUGCCGUGAACGCUAACCCCACUGAAAGCUUAUGCUGAUAAUAAAAUGAAUUUCAGAGCAUAUAGCAGAUGUCCAACAAAAACAAAUAACACAAAUGUGUGUGUGCAAUCAAACAACGUUUAGGAAGUGUUGGCUUCCCAAGUGCCUCAAAGUCUUUCAUUAAAACAACAUUGUGUUUACAUUUUUUAUUUACUUUUGUACUCACCAGCUUUUCAUAUGCCAGCUGUUUAAGUUGACAGUGGAAGACACUAUUAACAAAGGCGAUUAUGCUUGGAAAACCUCUGACACCUCCACUAAAGUUUGCUAAAGUGUUAAAUGUACAGCAGCCAUUUGCACAAACAGGAACUCGUACGGUAAACAUUGUGGUUUCGUGUAGUUGUCAUUAAAACGUUGUCAGCAGUUACAUGAACUUCAACAAAGACAUUGCCAACAGCUGUGGCCUGACACCUUUUUGUAUUUUUUGUAGGUAGUAUCAAUAUGUCAGUGUGUCCUGUGUUCAAGUUGCCACAAGCCUCUGAUAAAAUAUGUAUUAUAUGAUUAAAGUGUUUUUUCUA